UGCGGAAUCGCAAAACUGGAAUGUGAACACAACGAAGGGAAAACGGGGAAAACGAGACGGGAACAUUGUCAAUAAUGCAGUCGCCAACAUAUGGCACGAAACGGAACAUUCGGCCCGAUAAAAUGUGAAGUUUUUAAGUGGUAAAUCAUGCGGGAUAGGCAGAGAGCGCCUCGCCAGAGGUUGCUCCUGCUCAUGCUGCUCCUUUUUAGCUACGUUCAGGAAAUUCAGUCGAAUGAUGUGAAAAAAUUCGGAGACAAAUGCACCUCGACUGACGAAUGUGGUUUUGAAGGAGCAAUAUGCGACGAACUAGCAGGGGCGUGUCUUUGUCGGCCGGAAUUUCCCGUCACCAAUCAUCUGGAUAAGUGUGGAGUUGCUGCUAAAGUGAACGAGUCCUGCUUUUUCAACGAACAAUGCGAAAAGGAAUAUAUCCUGCUGGAGUGCCGGGACGGGGUCUGUAUUUGCCGCUUUCAGAGGCAGGCCGUUAUAAAACCCGACGGAACUAUCGACUGUAUACCAAUGGCCAAUUCGGACCCGAAUCCACCACGAUUCAUCGAUCCGGCCAUGAUCGGGAUUUUAGUAGCGAUGUUUCUCAUGUUCAUAACGAUCUGCGUUGUUUUACGACUAUUUAGCAAGGCCAGAUGGGGAGAAAAUCGAACGAUUUUUAACACACCGAAUCCGAGGUUGAUGAAUGCGUCUUUACUGAGAGAAAACAAGGGGCACCACGAUAGACGGGGUUCGAAGAUAAGUCACGCUCCCAGUAGGCCUGAGAGUGUGACCUCGCUUCAACCUCAUUCGCCAAAUUCUCAAGUUGGGUCACGUCGAGGAUCGAAAGGCAGCAACGUGUCCGCACCUGGAAAAAUAAUAAAGAGUCCAUCCAAAGGAGCGACCACGCCCAUGUUGGAAAGCGUAGCGGUGGACAAACCGUAAAUUAUAAGGAAUAUUUUAUGACAUAAGUAAAUUAUUUACUAAAGUUAACUUUAAAGCAAUUCUUAUACCGCAAUACACUUAUUAUUAAUAACAUAGAAUAACGAAUAAUUUUACUUGGUGAUGUACGGGACCAUACACAAUGAAUUUUGUCCAAUCAUCACAACCUAAAACCAAAAAUCUAGCUACCUACUUAAUAAAACAAAAAUAGAUGUUUUUUAGCACAACAUUGUUACGGUAAAUUAGUUUUAGCGACUUUAAUUCUUACUCUUAGCACAGAAUCUACUUGUAGUCAUUGUAGUGGUAUAAUUAGAGAACAUUUUCCUUUUCAACCCUCCAUAUAUAAAUGUAAUCUCUGCCGACUUAAUAUUAUGUAACUUCGACCAUGUUUACGCUCGGUGGUAGCCAAGAUACUGGGAAAAUUUUGUGAUACUACCAACUUAAACUGUGAUUUGAUGUUGUUAGCUUAGCAGCAUGGCUCAUUGACUUUGACAAACAGUACUGGGAAAACUUUUUGCCAAAUUCAGGAAGCCCUUCGUACCUUAUACAACUCUUUUUUACUCUUAUAUUAUAGAAGAAAUCCAUUUAACAAAAAAAAAAACAAAACUUUUGCUCAUAUUCAUUCUCGGUAAGGUCAAAUAAAUUAGAACGAUUAAGUGCUUUUGGCUUGCUCUUAUUCUAUGCAAAACUGUGUGCUGCAAACGUUUUUUAAAAUUUCAAGAAAAAAUAUUUGAAGCAUAUGCCUACGUAUAUUAUAGAGCUUAAAAUCUUUGUACUCUUAUACAAUCUUAAGGAUAUUAUAUUAUACUUCUAUUAAUAUUAUCGCUAUUUUCAUCGAAUAAAUUAGCUAAAAACGC